AAGGAAGGGCGGGAGAGAAAGCCUGGAGGUGGGAGAGAGAAAGACAGAAGGAAGGGCAGGAGAGAAAGCCUGGAGGUGGGAGAGAGAAAGACAGAAGGAAGGGAAGGAAUGAGUAAGAAAGACCUGAAGUGGGAGAGAGAGAGACUGAAGGAAGGGCGGGAGAGAGUGAGAGAGGUCUGAGGUGGUAGAGAGACAGACAGGAGGAAAGGUUGGGGAGCGUGACAGAUAGAAGGAAUAAGGCAGGAGUGAAAGAGAGAGACUGGAGGUGGUAGAGAGACAGACAGGAGGAAGGGUUGGGGAGAGUGACAGAUAGAAGGAAUAAGGCAGGAGUGAAAGAGAGAGACUGGAGGUGGUAGAGAGACAGACAGGAGGAAUAAGGCAGGAAUGAGAGAGAAAGGGAGAGAAACAGACUGAAGGAGGGGCAGGAGAGAGAGAGACCGGAGGUGGGAGAGAAACAGACUGAAGGAAGGGCAGGAGAAAGAGACCGGAGGUGGGAGAGAGACAGAGAGAAGGAAGGGCAGGACAGAGAGACCCGAGGUGGGAGAGAGACAAACAGAAGGAAUAAGGCAGGAGCGAAAGAGAGACAGACCUUAGACAGGAGAGAGACAGACAGAAGAAAGGGCAGAAGAGAGACCGGAGGUGGUAGAGAGACAGACAGAAGGAAUAAGGCAGAAGUGAGAGUGAGAGAGCGAGAGAGACCUGAGGCAGGAAAAAGACAGACUAAAGGAAGGGCAGGAGAGAGAGACUGGAGGUGGGAGAGAGACAGACUGAAGGAAGGACAGGAGAGUUGGGAAAGAGAGAGUUGGAGGGAGGGCGUGAGAGCAGAUUGGACGGGUUCUCACACAUAGUAGUAACACGGGGCGGAGAAAAAACACAGUACUUCAAUGAGGAAAGGGUGGUAGGUCGGAGUGUGUGUGAACAGAGGAGCGUGUGGGAGUGCAGCGAGUUGGAAACACGUGAAGACGGCCCCAUACGCCGCGUUUGCUUUAGAGACGGUGCGACCGGAGACGUUCAGCCACCAUGAGUAUUGUUAUGAAGCCUCGUUCGCGCUCCACCAGCUCACUGAAAUGCACAGAAGGGUAAACCUUUUGCUUGACGUUAGGUGCUUUUUGCCUUGCUAAUGGAUUAUUUCUCCCUCUACUGUCUCAGCAUGUUGCUUCUUGCCCUUUUCUUAGCUCCACGCUCCUUUAACCAGCUGUCUAAAUAUCCUCGUGUUCUAACUGCCUUUUUCCUCUGGUUUCAUUUCUUAUACUGAAACAUAUACCUUUUUCUUGAGAUUUAUCCUCACAUUCCUGGCAUUGUCAGGCCCCCCCCUUGCUCUCACAUGCUCUAUCUCACUGUCACACUCUAACACACACACUGCCUUUUGGCUGCUUCCUGAGUGUCGAGUGUCAUAUUUGCUAGUUUUAUAGGCAAACUGUGGAAUUAACAGUCAAUCCGCUCUCUAGUUAAUUAACUCUGUGCCAUGCGGUUAAUUGCGGUUAAGUGCUCGGCUGCUCCUGAUGUUUUAUGCGUGUUGUGGGUUCAGCGGUGGUCUGCGCUGUGUUUUUGUCAUCACUCCCAGUGUGUGAGAUGUUUCUGUGUUAGCACACCGAGACUGCCGAGCGCUGUUUACAUGUUGGAGGGCAGAUAGCUCGGCCUCUUUUCUCCUGCCCCAUCUUGUUCCUUAUCUUCUUGUGCUUAUUAUAGACUCGGAGGGAGUGUUUGUUGGGAUAGCGGAGUUUAUCUUUUGUGAUUACUGUCGUGUCUGAAUGAAUUGUUAUUCACUUAGGCUUGAGAUAACAGGUAUAUAAAGGUAUUGUGCUGCUAUGGAAAAGCAUAGUUGUUAUGCUCUUUUUGUUAUGGACAUCCAAGUAUGUGUUUUUAUUCAAUAUUUGCCGAUGGAUGGACGGUUAUGUCAGCGUGGAUGUGUUCAUGUAUAAGGACAAUUCGUGUGGAACAGAGCAUACUGCUUCUGGAAUGUUUCUUUCAGCUAUGUAAACUUUGGGUGGGAUUAAUUUGCAGUGUGUUUGGGGAAGUGUGUGUGUGUGUGUCAACCAAGAUAAGUCAACUCUGCAAUAUCUGCAGAUUUUCCGCAUAUUUGGGUCAUCACAAUGCACAUUCAACCAAAGUCCUCUUCGAUUUACAUGCGACGAACGUGAGUACAGCUAUAAGGGCUCCUUUACCACCGGCUAUCACUGUGAAAGACCAUGCAAAACAGUUUCAUGCAAUUGCAAUUGCGCCAAUUCAAAUAGUUUUCUGCUAGGAAAAAAAAAAAAGCACAAAAAACUUUUGAUUUUUUUUAAAAGGCGCAGCAAAAUCAAGCAUUUAUGGCCGCAACAAUCACAAAAAAAAAAAAAAAACUCCACGGAAUCCAGUCCGGACUGAUGUGCUACAGUGAUUAUUAUGUCAGUCAAAAACAAUAUACCUGCACAGAAGUUGGCUCUAAAUAAAUGCCAAAUCGGUAUCGUUAUUGUCCCAUUCGGCUGUAUUCGGAAUCAGUGAAUUAAGACCAAAAGUUACUUCAGUAUUUACUUUUGGAAAGUUACACAAAUACAGAGUCGGUUUCGCACACACUUAAGUAGAUCUUUUAGGCUCCCCAGUCAGAUCAUGUAAAUCACUUCCACCACACCUCAGUGGUUGCCAGAUGUUUCUUGAGUAGAAGAAACAGAAACAAGUUUAUCUAUAGCAUCUAGACCAGCACAUUUAAACGCAAGCAUUUGCCUUUAAGCCAGAGAAAAUCAAGGAUAGAAAAUGCAGACCGAAGAAGGAAUUGUUUUCUCCGCGGCCGAAUGCAGUACCAUGUAACAAAAAAGGAGGAGACCAUUUCAAAAUGAAAGAUAAAAAAACACCGAACGAGAUUAUAGCAAGCACUGAAAUAAACACUUAAUAGGAGGAUAGUAUAUGGUCAGUAUAUUGCCACAUGAAUAUUCCUAGUUGUAAUUAUCACACUAAUCACUGUAAAGCUUGCCUUGUAACUCUGAAUCUGAAAACAGCUGUUUGAACAGUGUAAAACUCUGUAGUUACGUCUGAGGUUUCAUACUUUAUUAAAUCCUCGCUACACAUGCGUAACUCAACUGUGAAUAUGGCCAUUUAAUAAUAAGACAUAGUGAGGUGAAAUAGUUUGUCCAAAAGCUUUCAGAAUCAAUCAGGGUCAAUUUUUCUUCUUUUUUUUUAAUGGCUAGUAAAGUCUAAAGCCAGGCUACUGUAAGUUGUAAGUAUUUUCAUGAGUAGUGAGUGAAUGUCAGUAGUUUCUGUCACAAAUCUCUAAGUGCGCUGCUAUUCAUGCUUUUAUUGCGACAUGUUUUUGCUAUUGUCCUGCCUCUGCUUGUGACUUUAGAUCUUGAAUAAUUUAUACCUCCAUGUUCCUGUGUCAAGUUGCGAAAACUUGUUAAUUAUUUAACUAUGUUUAUCUGCAUUGUUUCCCUGUUUACGAUUUCCGGUUUUCCAACUCUUGCUUGUGUUCUGUUUUAACAAUGAUUAUUGGUUGGCUUCAAGUAAAGAAGCUACUGAUUUUACACACUUGUGUCCUGCCUCUAAGAUAAAGUUUCGAUGUGGACAAUGGAACGUCGUCAGGACGCAGCCCGUUGGACCCGAUGGCCAGCCCCGGGUCGGGUCUCAUCCUGCAGGCCAACUUCGUCCAUAGCCAGCGGAGGGAGUCGUUCCUGUAUCGCUCCGACAGUGACUAUGACCUCUCGCCAAAGUCCAUGUCAAGAAACUCCUCCAUCGCCAGCGACAUACAUGGAGAUGACAUGAUUGUUACCCCUUUUGCACAGGUCCUGGCUAGCUUAAGAACUGUACGGAAUAAUUUUUCAGCACUGACAAAUGUCCAACAAGAAAGAGCCUCCACCAAGAGAUCACCCAUGUGUAACCCUCCCCCCAUCACAAAGACCACAUACACAGAAGAGGCCUACCAGAAGCUGGCCACCGAGACACUGGAGGAGCUUGACUGGUGCCUAGACCAGCUGGAGACCCUGCAGACCCGGCACUCGGUCAGCGAGAUGGCCUCUAACAAGUUCAAGAGGAUGUUGAACCGAGAGCUGACCCACCUGUCUGAAAUGAGCCGCUCUGGAAACCAGGUGUCUGAGUAUAUCUCCAGUACAUUUUUAGACAAGCAGCAUGAAGUGGAAAUGCCGUCUCCACAGUCACAGAAGGACAAGGAGAAGAAGAAGCGGCCGAUGUCCCAGAUCAGCGGCGUGAAGAAGCUCACUCACAGUUCCAGCCUGACCAAUUCAAACAUCCCUCGCUUCGGAGUAAAGACGGACACUGAGGAAGCACUGGCCAAGGAGCUUGAAGAUGUGAACAAAUGGGGCCUUAAUGUUUUCAAAGUCACAGAGUUCUCUUGCAACAGACCUUUAACAGUUAUGAUGCACACAAUAUUCCAGGAAAGAGACUUAUUAAAGACGUUUAAGAUUCCACUCGACACUUUUAUAACGUAUCUGAUGACGUUAGAAGACCAUUACCAUAGCGAUGUUGCCUACCACAACAACAUCCACGCUGCCGAUGUGACUCAGUCCACUCAUGUGUUGCUCUCCAGCCCUGCUCUCGAGGCUGUUUUCACAGAUUUAGAGAUUCUUGCUGCCAUAUUUGCCAGCGCGAUACACGAUGUCGAUCAUCCUGGCGUCUCCAACCAGUUCCUCAUUAACACUAACUCUGAGCUGGCUCUUAUGUAUAAUGACUCGUCUGUGUUGGAGAACCAUCACCUGGCUGUGGGCUUUAAGCUUCUGCAGGAAGAGAACUGUGACAUCUUCCAGAACCUCACCAAGAAACAGAGACAGUCACUGCGCAAGAUGGUCAUCGACAUCGUUCUGGCCACAGACAUGUCGAAACACAUGAAUUUACUGGCGGAUCUGAAAACCAUGGUGGAGACAAAAAAAGUGACCAGCUCUGGGGUUCUGCUGCUGGAUAAUUAUUCAGACAGGAUACAGGUGCUACAGAACAUGGUGCACUGCGCAGACCUCAGUAACCCCACCAAACCACUGCAGCUGUACCGCCAGUGGACAGACCGCAUCAUGGAGGAGUUCUUCAGCCAGGGAGACCGCGAGAGGGAACGUGGCAUGGAGAUCAGUCCCAUGUGUGACAAACACAACGCUUCAGUUGAGAAAUCCCAGGUGGGCUUCAUCGACUACAUCGUGCACCCACUGUGGGAAACGUGGGCAGACCUGGUACACCCCGAUGCCCAGGACAUCUUGGACACGCUGGAGGACAACAGGGAGUGGUACCAGAGCACCAUCCCGCAGAGCCCGUCCCCCGCUCUAGACACAAACACAGACGGACGCCGCACCACCACCCAUGACAAGUUCCAGUUUGAGCUCACGCUAGAGGAGGACGGAGAAUCGGACACAGAGAAGGACAGCGGCAGCCCUCCAGACGAGGAGGAGGAGGAGGAUGAGGAAGAGGAUGAGAACAGCUGCAGUGACUCUAAAACCCUUUGCACACAGGACUCGGAGUGUACCGAGAUCCCCCUGGACGAACAGGUGGCUGAGGGGGAGGAGGUAGGAGAAGAGCAGAGAGAGGAAGAGGGGGAGAUAUCAGAACCCUGUGUUUUAGUGGAACGAGAGGAGGAGGAGGAGGAGGAGGAGGAGGAGGAGGAAGAGCAGGACACUGCCAAUACGUAACACAGUAUGAGAUAGCAUCCGGACUUCUUUUAUACUAGACAUGAGAGCCACUUAUUUAUGGAUAAGCUGUAGGGUUUUUCAUAUUUUUAUGUUUUUUUGUGUGUAUGUCUGUACUGUACAUCUUUAUCCAAAAAUGUAUAUUAAUUUCCUUAUCACAGUCACUGACAUCAUCCAUAUGGUCCUUGGUUUAAUUUUUGAACUUUUAUCCACGACUAGUGCCGUUUUACCCAUUUUUGUACUCAGGAAAGUCUUUUCCACGCACACAUUUGAAACAAACAUUUGUCUUUUUUUGUAAUUUGUCAAUAUUUCUGUUUUUAACUAAGGUGGUAUUUUUAUUUUAUUUUUUAAGUCAUGUAGUUUUCCAUUUCAUUUGCCAAAAACACCCAUCAGACCAUCUGUUUUUUUCUUUUGUGGUUUGAUGGGAGCUUCAUUGCAUGGAGACACAUGCAGCUAGUAGACGUUCACUACACAAUUUGAAUGUUAUUUCUUCCUCAAAGUCUAGAUCUACUUUAUUUGCAGUGCUUAGUGUAGAUAGACUCGUUAACAAAGCUAAUAGAAAUGACUCAUGGCACAAGGAAAUCAAACCGAAAACAUUUUUACAAUCGGCAACUGCCAAAGAGUGUUUUGGUUUUUCUGUUGUUGUUAUUUUUCUUAGUCUUAUGUGACGUCUUUAUGAAAUAACAUAUUUGUUUAUUAUUUAAUGGAAAGAGUGCUCCGUUUGGUGCAGGGCUUCAGUUACAUUAGUAACUGAUACUAAUCAUUGUCUUGUUUUGUUUUGUUUUUUCUCAAUGUUGCUUCGACCAGCCUUAAGAUUUUGUUGCCUCUCCAAAAAAUGGACUAAACCAGAAGCUUCCUGUUUCUUCAUCUCUAAAGGUGAUGUAAAGUUUGAACUAAAUAUUCAUAAACGGGCCAAAAUGGAGAUGGCAAGUCGAAUGAUAGACUCCUAAGUGGCUCUUUUAUAUACACUCACUGACCAUUUUAUUAGGAACACCUGCUAUGUACACCUGCUUAUUUAUGCAAGUAUCAUGUAGCACAAUGCAUAAAAUCCUGCAGAUACCGAUCAAGCGCUUCAGUUAAUGUUCACAUAAAACAUCAGAACAGGGUCAAAAUGUGAUCCGUGACUUUAACCGUGGCAUGGUUGGCAUGUUUGUUGGUGCCAGAUGGGCCGGUUUGAGUAUUUCAGAAACUGCUAAUCUCCUGGGAUUUUCACACACACAACAGUCUCUAGAGUUUACACAGGAUGGUGUGAAAAACAGAAAACAUCCAGUAAGUGUUUUGUUUUUUUGCACCGUUCUGUGUAAACUCUGUAUGAUACAAACAUUAACUAAAGCACUUGGCAAGCAUCUGCAUAAUUUUAUGCAUUGCUCUGCUGCCACUUGAUUGGCUGAUUGCAUCAGGUGUAUUGGUAUUUCUAAUAAAGUGGAUGGUGAGUGUAGAUACUACGACUACCAUGUAGUCAUUAGCACAUAUUGAUACUAAUGACUGCAUAAGGUAUGAAGCAAUAUCCAACUUUCCUCAACAACCAAACAGUACUUUUCCUUGUCACUGGGAUGGUACCAUCAAGAGGACGUCUUUUGUACCUUCAGUAUGUAUCUUACACCACAUAAUUCCUUAUAGCUGUCACAGUAAAGUUUCAAAGGUACAUCAGUGGGCCUUAAAGUCCAAUUAUGUACCUUCAAUUACUUUUAAAGGUACAAAUAUAUCCCCUUGACGAUACCACCUGAGUGUCAAGGAAAAGUACAGUUUUUAAGAGUGAAAGAGAUUCAUUUGGGAUUCAACCAUACUGUCUAUAUGUAGUGGGAUCCAAAAGUCUGAGACCACUUUUUUUUUUUAAUGGAUUUUCUUUUUAUUAUUUAAAAUUUGAAAACAAAGAAAAGAACUGUCCAAUAUCUUGAAACUUUCAAUGAUCAAGUUUUUGCACCAUUUCUCUAUCACUAUUUAAAUGUAAGUGACCAUGUUAGCUCCUUCAAAGUCUGAUUGUCCUCGAGUAUUAUCUCUUCCAUCGAAGCAUUUUCACGUUUGGACCGCACUAUAUACAAGUAAAAUCCAUCUAACUGUAACUCCUAAAGCUUCGCUUUAGAUGACUCUGAGGGAACGAGUCCGAUCAGAAGCACCGAUGCUAGGCGUGCAAAUCAAACUCAACAAAGCUUUGAAGCAGUCACAUGAGUGGUUUUGCUCAGUGUGUGUUAUAAACAUCUUUAACCCAGAGAUUCAGCGUGAAACUGCACAGCAGCCUGCUUAAAUAUUUAUAGCUGCUUCAGAUGAGCCUAAGGCUGAGGGCCAGUAAGUCGUCUUCUUGUUCUUCACUCCUCAUUCUAGUUUAGAAUGAUCACAGGGCAAUCAGCGCUAAUGUGUCUUUCUGCUGAAACUUGCACUCGUAUUCGUGCACCAGUACACCUGUUCAGUUUGUGUUCGUCAUUAUGAGCCUCUUUCUAAUUUAUUUCCGUUAUUUUCACUUCUGCGCUUGUAGCAUGGUGAAAUCAAAUCCAACUGUAGCAGCAGAAAGGUGAUGAGUGAGCGAGCAUCGUGUGAGAUUAUUUUUAUUAGAACGCAGUACCUAAUGUAAUCAAAUGUUUCAAAUAAAGAAAAAGAAGACAAAAUGUAUAAAGACCCUGCCUUUAGAAAUGGCCCGUCCUUGCAUUAUUAUUUUUAUAUAUAUAUAUAUAUAUAUUUCUCAUUGUCUCAUUGCCAAAUGAAUUUCUCUCCAUCACUUAAUCCUCAGCCAGUUUCCUUGCUUUCAGUGGUUUCUCAUUUCUGUCCGUUUACAUGUAUUUAUUGUGCUGUACAGUACAUACAGUUGUUCUUACCAUGUUGUAAAUGAUUCUAUCAUCCCUAAUGGUGAUGGUGUUGCUGUAUUACAGAACUCUUAUUGAGAGAAUGUUUUAUUUUUAUUCAGUAUAUUAAGGACCCAUCUAUAAACAUCUCCUACGAGAUUGUUUUGUGUGGAGGAGUGAAGAAAUCCAAUUUUUUUGUGUUUUCUUUCUUUAGAGAAACAGCAGUCCCUUGGCCAGAGGGUUGUGCCUUAAUAAACUUUUUUAUUUACGUUUCUUAUCUUCUUGCUGCACUAAAGAAAGAAAAAAAAACCUACUGGCUGGAAAUUGACCUUAAUGUAUUUUAUUAUUGUUAUUUUCCUCAUUUUCUAGUGUAAGAGAUGAAUAUUUCUUUUUGUCAGUUGAUGAAAAAGGCCAGUAUGGAGGAUUGUUUGGUGUCUAAAAGUACAUCAUUUGGCAGCACACUGUAAUGCUGGGUUUUUCUUUUUUUUCUUUUUCUUUUUUUAGUUUCUUUUUCUUUUCUUUUUUUUUUAACCAGAUCAGACUAAUGUGUUUUUAUAAGCUGUCAACAUACGAUUAUGUGCUAAACUAUGGAAAUAUGUGAUAUAUGCAGUCCCCUCUGAAAGUAUCAGAACAGCAAGGCCAAUUCUUUUGUUUUUGCUGUACACUGAAGACACACAAGAUGAAUACGAGACAAUAGAUCAGAAUUUCAGCUUUCAUUUCUGGGUACUUGCAUCUAGAUGUGUUAAAUAACUUAAAACAUGGCACAUUUUGGUGCAGACCACCCAAUUUCUAGGUAAGCAAAAGUAUUGGAACAGACCGUCUUCAAUUAAAGUAAAGAACAUUUAAUAGUUGGUCGCAUAUCCUUUACUUGCAAUAAUCGCAUCCAGCAAACCGCAUCACCAAACUGUUGCGUUUUGCUUUUGUGAUGCUUUUCCAGGCUUUUACUGCAGCUUCUUUGUUUGUUUUGUCUGUCUCCUCUUCAGGAAGUGAAAUGCAUGCUCAACUGGUUUAAGGUCUGGUGAUUGUCUUGGUCAGUCUAAAAUCUUCCACUUUUAUCCACCGAUGAAGUCCUUUGUUGUGUUGGCAGUGUGUUCAUUGUCUUGCUGCAUGAUGAAGUUCCUCCCAAUUAAAUUGGAUGCAUUUAUCUGUAAAUUGGCAGACAGAAUGUUCCUGUAAACUUCUGAAUUGAUUCUGCUGCCACCAUCAUGCAUAUGCAUAUCAUCAAUAAAGAUUAGUUAGUGAACCCAUUCUAGAAGCAGCCAUGCAAGCCCAAGCCAUGACACUACCAUGACACUGUUCUGGAUCAUGAGCAGAUCCUUUCUUUCUCCACACUUUGGCCUUUCCAUCACUUUGGUAGAGGGUAAUCUUGGUUCCAGAACUUUUGUGGCUCAUCUCUGUAUUUCUCAGCAAAUUCCAAUCUCGCCUUCGGAUUCUUACUGCUGAUGGGUGGUUUGCAUCUUGUGGUAUGACCUCUAUAUUUCUGCUCUCAUAGUCUUCUUUGAACAGUGGAUUGUGAUACCUUCACCCCUGUCUUGUGAAGGUUGUUGAUGUCACUGACUUGUUUUUCCACACAGGACAUGUUCAUUGUCUUGUUGUUAGUACACCCGUGGUUUCCUUCUUUUUCAGGACAUUCCAAAUUGUUGUAUUGGUUAUGCCCAAUGCUUGUGCAAUGAUUCAGAUCGAUUUUCCCUCUUUUCUCAGCUUCAAAAUGACUUGUUUUUCUCCUAUAGACAGCUCUGUGGUCUUCAUGUUGGUUCAUCUCAUACCCCAAUGUCUUCAGUGUAUAGCAAAAAGAACAGAAUUGGCCUUGCUGUUCCAGUACUUUAGGAGGAGACUGUAUGAAUGUGUGCCAAAGCGUAAUUGAAAAGCUCUAGCUCUGUGUAAAUUGUUUUUGUUUUUUUCCAUUUAAACUGACUGGAUUUUCAGUCGGUGUUAAUAAUUAAUUUGAAACAAAAAUUCAUGCUAGAUUAUUACAAAUACAGUUUUUUACUGACAUCUGUGUAACAUGCAAUAUGAAAAAAGAAAACACUUUGAAUGGGGACAUUAGGCUUUUUCAUUUUGGAUAAAGGAUGGAACGUCUUUAUAAACUCCAAUCCUUGAGACUAAUUUUGACACAUACUGUAGAUUCCUAAUUGCCCUAAAUGGAUAGAAUCAGUGGCUCCUUUUCCUUUUUUUUUUUCGUCUCAUGCCAUCUUUUUACAUCAUCAGAAAAAAAGAAGUUAUUUAGGGAUAACUAUUUUUUGUUAUGUGACUUGAAUGCCAACUUAUCUGGAGGUUUCACAAGACUAUGUAGUUGUUUAAUGGGUUCCUUAUUUAUGACAGUCUAUUGGAUAGAACUGUAGAAGUUAAACUUGUAAAAAAGUAAAUAAAAUAAUAACAAAAAAAAAAGUUUAAAUUGAAUAAAAAUGUUUUAUAUGCACCAGAAUAAAUGAAAGCAUGGGUUGACUGAGAACAUCUGUGCCGCUUCUUUGUGUUUGAA